UUUUUUGAAUAGCAUGUGGCAUCCACAUAUUCCUCUUUUUUUUGGGAAAUGUGUUUUUUUUUAAUACUUUUUCAUAGUUUUUUAUAAGAGGAAUUUUGUUCAUCAAUACUCCGAUCCUUUUCAAUCUCCCGCAAGAAUAUUUUUAUUCAAUCAGCCUGUUUACUACACGACAAACGGCUAUCUGUCACUUGAAGCCUCAAACCAUGGCUAUGUUGCUUAAAUCCUUCCUUCCGUGCACAGCCCUCAACACUCCGCUUCUUCCCCCAUGUCCCGCAAAAGAUUCAAGGUGCUUGUUCUUUGCUUGUUUAUCGACAAUUGAUGGUUUAAUCCAUAACAAGGAGGAAGAUUGUUCGGCUGAAGUUUGUUCUAAGAAAAUUGUAUUGUUUUUGGCUGGUUGAUUCAGAAUCAUGUCUGAGGUCACUGGAAUGCAGUCAUCAUUGCUUCAGCUCUUAUUUACGUCCUUCGUCUUGUUGAGCUGUGUGAAGUAUGGAUAUGGAGGGAUCACAAGUACAUAUAUCAGGUCACAGUGGCCAUCAACUGACAUCCCACUUGACCAUGAAAUAUUUGCAGUUCCAAAGGGUUACAAUGCACCACAGCAAGUGCAUAUCACCCAAGGUGACUAUGAUGGAAAUGCUGUUAUAAUCUCAUGGGUGACAUUUGAUGAGCCAGGGCCCAGCAAUGUUCAAUACGGCACAUCAGAGAAAAUAAAUGAAUUUCAUGCAGAGGGGAAAAUGACAAACUACACCUUUUACGAAUAUAAAUCUGGUUACAUUCAUCACUGCCUUGUUAAUGGCCUAAAGUACGAUACCAAGUACUAUUACAAAAUUGGAAAUGGAGACUCUUCUCGAGACUUUUGGUUUCAAACACCUCCGAAGAUUGAUCCAGAUUCUCCUUACAAAUUUGGAAUUAUUGGUGACCUGGGCCAGACAUUUAAUUCUCUUUCCACUCUAGAGCAUUACGUGGAGAGUGGGGGCCAAACCGUCCUAUUUGUUGGAGAUCUUUCUUAUUCUGAUAGAUAUCAGUAUAAUGAUGUUGGUAUUCGGUGGGACACAUGGGGUCGUUUUGUUGAGCAUAGUGCAGCAUAUCAGCCCUGGAUAUGGUCUGCUGGAAAUCACGAAAUAGAAUACAUGCCCUAUAUGGGGGAGGUCGAUCCUUUUAAGUCAUAUCUCCAUAGGUAUGCUACUCCUCAUGUAGCCUCUGAUAGCAGCAGUCCUCUUUGGUAUGCCAUCAGACGUGCCUCGGCUCAUAUAAUUGUGCUAUCCAGCUAUUCUUCAUUUGUGAAGUACACACCUCAGUGGAUGUGGCUAAAAAAGGAACUUCAAAAGGUUGACAGAGAGAAAACCCCUUGGCUUAUUGUUCUUAUGCACAUUCCAAUGUACAACAGUAAUGAAGCACACUUCAUGGAGGGUGAAAGUAUGCGAGUCGUUUUUGAGAGUUGGUUUGUCCGCUACAAAGUCGAUGUUAUCUUUGCUGGCCAUGUGCAUGCUUAUGAAAGAUCACAUCGCAUUUCAAAUUUGCACUACAAUGUGUCAAGUGUCGACCCAUAUCCUGUACUGGACCAAUCUGCACCCAUUUACAUUACUGUUGGAGAUGGAGGAAAUCAGGAAGGUCUUGCUGGACAUUUCAUGGAUCCACAACCAGAUUAUUCUGCUUUCCGGGAAGCAAGUUAUGGUCAUUCUACUUUGGAGAUAAAGAAUAGAACACAUGCACUCUAUAACUGGAUUCGCAAUGAUGAUGGGAAAAAUGUAGUAACUGAAUCAUUCAUCUUACACAACCAAUACUGGGCAAGCAAUCGGCAGAGGAAGAUGGACAAGCAUCAUCUUCAAACUGUCGUCCGCCAGGCUGCCUCUUUCUAGCUUGAAAUUGAUUAUAUGUUCUUGUAAUGUACAACCAAGUAUGUAGAGAAGGGGGAAGGGGUGGUGGGCGGUGGUGGUGGCGGUGCCAGUAGUUGUGGUCGUGGCGGCGGCGGCGGUUGUUUGGAAUGGGGUGGAGAUAUGCCUACCAAACCUCCAAUAUUAUUUGAACGCCUAGACAGCUUGUGAAGAUUAUUUGUGCUUUUCAUGCUUGGAUGUUUGUGUUGUAAUCUCGUUUCAUAAUUAUCUCUAAGAAAAUGUUGCUUCUGAACCUGAGCUGCAGCUCUGAUUUGGGGGGAAAAAAAAAGUUCAUGUUUUCUGCUAUUUAUUUGAACCCCUGUGUGCAGAUUAAGCUUGCUUGAGCUGUAAUCGAGUUGGCACGAUAAAAUACUCGAAUUUGGUUCGACUCGAAAAUGUUAAGCUCGAAGUUCGACUUGAAUUCGAUCACUUUCAUAAUUGUUAAACUUGAUUUUGAAUCGGCUACAAGUUCAUAAAAUUUGAACUCGACUUAGCUACAAA